ACGCCUCUUCCUCUAAUUAGCAAGCUUGGACCUCGAUCCGUACAAACAAAACUAACGCUUUCCCAGAGAGCGGCACGGACUCUAACAGCGGCACGACGACGGUUGGUGGUGGCCAGCUCGCUGCGCAGCCAUGCAGGCGCAGUCUCGCCUCGCCGUGAACUCGGUCUCGUCGGACGAGCACGAGGCGGUGAUCAGGGAGCUGACGCGCGGGCACGAGCUGACGGCGCAGCUGCAGGAGGCCGCCAUGCGCGCGCUGCGCGGGCAGGGCCAGCCCGAGGCCACCGCCGCGUUCAUCCUGCGUGAGGUGUCCCGCGCCUUCACCGUCUGCCUCUCCAUCAUGAGCUCGCCCUCCCGCGCGCCGCCCGCACCACCCCUGCAGCCGGAAAUGCCGGGGUCGAGCGUGGCGCCUGCCGUGGCCCCGAGGCGGAACAGAGACGACAGCAUCCCAAGAAAGACAGCGGUGACAUCCACGCCGCACUUCGACGGCUACCAGUGGAGGAAGUACGGCCAGAAGAGGAUCACCAAUACAAGUUUUCCAAGGUGCUACUACAAGUGCAGCUACCACCGCGGGCGCAACUGCCCGGCCACCAAGCAGGUGCAGCAGCGCAGCAACGGCGACCCGCCGCAGUACGUCGUCAUCUACGUCAACGAGCACACGUGUGACACGCCGAUCCUGGAGCCCGAGGCUGCGGCUACGGCCACGGCCGGCGCGACGAACCCGCUACUGGACGAACGCGGCGCCAAGGAGGAGCACGAGCGCAUGGUGCUCGUCUCGACGCUCGCGUGCGUGCUUGGGGGCCAGUCUCCGGCAGGCAGCGGCAGCGACGUCGCCGUCUUGCAGGAGCCGCAGGGACGCACGGGCGACGCGUCUGCGUCCGCACCCUCUGUUUCGGUCGCUGAUGCACCUGGGCCGUCGCGGCCUGACGUGGACGCGGGGCUGGACGUCAUGGACUACGAGGUGACGGGCGCGCUGUGUUUCCGCGAUUCCUACGGGCUAUCUGACGACGGUUUGCCGUUUUGAGGGCGAAACGCACCUGUGCUUCGUCGGUCGAGACUCGAGAGUGCGAAUCAGGCGAGAAGGUUCAACCAAUAUUUGUGUUCGUGGUCCACACGAUGACUGCUAUGGAGAGAGAGAGAGAGAGAGAGAGAGAGAGAGAGAGAGAGAGAGAGAGAGAGAGAGAGAGAGAGAGAGAGAGAGAGAGCAGGCUGGCGCGGUUAGUUUUGCACGUGCUUUUGUGUUAAUCAGCAUGUACUCGAACCUUGUGAAUUUUGUUGAGAUUGAUUAUUCUACAACAAUUUAUUUUUCCUUUUCAA